AUGUAUGAUGAUGUGCAUGAAGAAGACGCAAAUGAGGAUGAGGGGCAGAUGCUUAUUUCAAGGCUAGGCACACUGAGGAAUAUUUCUAUAGACAUGACUAAAGAAAUAGAGAAACAGAAUAAGAAAAUGGCGCAGCUGGACCAAUCAUUCCAGCUUUCGUUAAGCAGGAUAUUUGCAACAAUCAAAAGUGUUAAGAGCUCGUCUCCGAAACGAUUUAGAUUAUGGAUCUACUUUAUAUUUGGAGGACUGCUGCUUUCUCUUUUGUUUUUUGUGUUGUUCAUUGCUCUUUGA